AUGGCUAGAUGCUUCGAUUGGCGUGGAAAUGAGGACCCCGCUCGAAUUCCUUGCUCACAGGACGGGAGCCUUGCCCAGUGCUGCUCAGUGGGGGGGGGCGGAAACGGCGUCAAAAGCUGCACCCUAUCGACAUUCUGCUGCUUCGGCCACGAGUCGUCCUGCGACUGCAACAACGCCACCGAGACCUUCUCCCUCGGAGAAAUUUACGCUGUGACUACAAUCACUAGAGCCACCGCCUCCCCAUCAAGCACCGUCGCCCUAUUAAGCACGUCUACAAUCGCCAAAUCUGAUUCUUCUGCGACUCUAGCGCCGCCUGAAUCGACAGGAGAUACUGAAAGCGAUGAUGACCUCGGCUUGGGUCUCGGCGUAGGCCUAGGCGUCGGUAUUCCCCUCCUCAUUGGAGCCCUUGCAGCCUUUUGGUUCUUCCGCCGGCGACAGCGUAGGGCUGCAGCUAGGUCGGUCCCUAACGGAGCGGCUGCCCCAUCGUUGCGGGAUAAGAUGGGGCCGUCGGAGCUGGAGUUAACUGUGCCUAUGACUAUGCAGCAGCGGCCUCCGCAGGAGUUACCGACGAGGCAGGCGAGGGCGCCUCUUGAGCUUCAGUAG